UCCGACCAUUAAGCGUGAACUUUUCUUUUUACAUACUUUUAUCUUCCCUACCAACCAGAACAAGCUACCUACCACGGCCAAUGGCGACCACAACAACCUCAACCAACGCGGCCACAUACGGGGACUGCGUAGCCGCGCUUCGCUCCUCGCUCUCCUUCCUCGAAUCCUCCGUCUCUACCCUCGGCACCGGCGUCGCAGACUACCCCCGCCUCGUCAACGUGCUCAAGAGCGUCCGCCACUACGAGCUAAUCCCCCAACCCGCCCUCGUCGCCGCCGAGGCUUCUCUCCGCGACGAAAUCGGCCCCGCCAUAACCACGCUCCUCGACCGCGCCGACGCGCACAUCGAGCGCGCCGAGCGCCGCAUCGAGGCGCUGCGGGCGCGGUCCGAGCUGCAGCAGGGUCGGAUGCAUUCCACUUCCACUUCCACUUCUGCUUCUACCGGCCCGAUGCCUACCUCCUCUGCCCGCAGCAAAGGCAAGAGCGGCGGCGGCGGCAGCGGAGCCUCAAGACGGAGAACCGAAACCGAGGGCAAGAUCAAGGCCCGGCAGAAGGAGGCCCUGCAGUACAGCGUCGAGCGCCUGGAGCUCGAGGUCUUGCAGAAGGAGCGUGAGCUGCGGAAGAGGCUGGAUGCGGCGACUUGAAGGGGGUGGGGGGUUGUGUUCUGCGGUAUGACGGUGUGACGGUGUGAUAUAGCACGAUACAUAGAUAGAUAGAUAGAUAUAUGGUGCUGCGAGGAGGUAACAGACACUACGGUCCCGUUCAAAAAGGGGCCAAGUUGUUUGUGUCCACGCACGCAAGAGCCGCGAGAUACCAGGAGUGGGUAUGUAUGAUCCCCUGGGACCCCUCAUUAAUCCUGGCACGCUUUAGAUAUCUCGUCGGGAUAGGACGGAAGGGGAAAUCAUGGUACGCGGUACGCGGCACUUGUCCGCUAUGCCGGUUCUCCGCGAUUGUGAGGAGUUUGGUUGGCCUUCUGUAUUAGACUACCUAAGCUAGGCACCAGUGAGGGAAAUUAAUGACAUAGAGGCUCUAGCCAUGUGGGAGAAAUGAAGAGAUAUGGGAUACCCAGAGAUAAUAUAUUUUCCAAGGGAAGAAGUGGAAGAAGGCAUUAACACUAUCACGAUUGUCGAGGAAGAAUAUGACGGUUAUUUAAGUGUUAGUUUGACCUAACUAAAUAAAAAACCACACCUCUUGACAACUCUUCAUUACGGUCUAAGCACUACCCUUAUAUUUCCAGAGUUUCACUGAACUUGACAUCAUUGUUAGAACAUAAUGUUACAAUUCAUCCAAGGCCUAGUACAUAUGACAACGUUUGUAAUACACUUAGACGUGG